UUCACUCUACAAGUCAACAAUGGCGAUCCAUACAAUUUGUAUAAUAGCUUUUGUUCUCAUCGUAGUGCAAAAUCUAUAUGCUAAACCUGUGGAGAAUACAACGAACGAGCAAGAGUUAAUUAAAAAAAUAUUGAAUGGAAAUCCUACUGCCUCUGAAAAACUUCAUGUAUUUUUACUGGAGACUAUGAAUAUCAAACCCAAACAAUAUGCUGCCAAUGCUUUUAAUGCCACGCAAUACUUACUAAAAGACCCGGCUUUAUUGCAGAACAAUAAUUUGGAAGUGACUUUCUUUAAAGAUGAACUAAAUAGGGUAAUAAAUACUUAUAAACCCUCAGCUACAGAAAUUACUACAUAUUUUGAAACAAUGAUUAUUUUUUCAAAUGUUAUGGAAUAUUAUUACCAGCUUCCUCAAGAUAAAGUAACAAGUGAUACGAAAUUUAUUGUUGACCUUAUAAACAAAUACGAUUGUAAGACUUUGGCCAUGAAAAUCAAGGGGCACUAUGAAGCCACUUUUACCGAAUUUAAUAAAAAGUUUGAAGAACAUAAAAAGGAUUUGGAACAACCCAUCUUGGAUUGGUAUGACAAAUACGCAGCUUUAACUUCUACACCAGAGAAACUGAUAUCGCUUUUAGAUUUGUUAAGUUUAUUUGAAAUCUAAAAUAAAUAAUUUAAUAAAGGACACAAUUUAAGCACAUAG